CUUGGCAGACGGUCCUCCGAGUCGCUCCGACAGGGAUCGAAAACAACCGGCUAUCGCAUCGGGAUCGCUCCGGGAAUCAAACCGACAUCUCAGCAGACAGACAGACAGACAGACAGAGGAGCGGCAUGAUGAUGAGGAUGGGCUCUGUGAUGAGGAAGGUGGUCUGCCUGUUGGCGUGGCUGUCUGUGGGUCAGGUCAGCGGGUCGUACCUCCCUCAGGACAUGAACAGAACCCUGCAGGACCUGCUGCAGCACUAUAAAAUCUCUAAAUCGGAUAUAUAUGAUGGAAAGCACGUGUUCCCCAAAGAAGAACUGAAAGGCAAAAUGGAGUCCCAGAUGUUGUUUAUGGGCGGCGUUUUGGAGGCGUAUGAGAAGCUGAUUGUACACAUGCUGAAGGAGCUGCCCACUCCAAGCCCGCUGUCGGCCACCAGCGGGGACAAAGCGGACACGUCGGGCCCCAGCACCGCCGAGCCGUCGGCUGCCGGCGACACCAGGUCCAACCUGAUCAAAGUUUUACAGAAGAUCAGGGAGCUGAAGCAGCACAGCUACAAGGAGCAAGUCAAGAUUCUCCACGAACUGCAGAAACUCAAACACAUUGAGAUGGACAACAUCAAGGUGCAGGGCAAAGCAUUGUGGGAGCUGCCGUGGAUUUACGAGAAAGCGAACUCGCUGGCAGACAACGUCAUGAGGAGGCGGCGGCGGCGGCGGCAGACCAGGACCAAGUCUCGCCUGGGAGCCUGA